UCGGCUAUUUCCGGUGAGCUUGGUCGGUAAGCUAGCCAAGCUGAUUAGCCUGCUGCUACCAGCUAAUGUUUGUAGGAUAAUUAUUGUUGGCUGAAUUGGAGUGGAUGAUACAAAUAGUGUAGAAAAAUGGCGGACGUCGAGGGAGAAGGGAUUUGUUCAUCGGUUCUUCCGUUGCCUCACCCUUCCUCUCGUAACGGCUCCGGUAGCGGUAACGUUACACCGGGCACUGGCGGCAGCUGCCAGACGGCAACCACCGUUACUUCAGGCCCACGGCUAGUUCGAAUAGUGAAGUCUGAUUCGGGCUAUGGCUUUAAUGUGCGGGGACAAGUUAGUGAAGGUGGGCAACUUCGGAGCAUUAACGGGGAACUGUACGCUCCACUGCAGCAUGUUAGUGCUGUCUUACCGGGAGGUGCCGCCGACAGAGCCGGUAUUUCGAAGGGGGACAGGAUUCUUGAAGUUAACGGUGUGAAUGUGGAGGGAGCGACCCACAAGCAGGUGGUGGACCUUAUCAGGGCUGGAGAGAGGGAGCUGGUGCUGGCUGUGCUGUCAGUGCCGCCGCAGGAGGCCGACUGCCUGGAUCCCGGAGACGACGUUUCAUCCCAGUCCUGCUAUGACUACUCGGACAAGCAGGCCGUCCCCAUCUCUGUGCCGAGCUACAAACACACUGAGCUCAAUCAGGAAAAGUUUGUGGUCUAUAAUGUGUACAUGGCGGGCAGGCAGCUGUGCUCCAAACGUUACCGUGAAUUUGUGAUCCUACACCAAAACCUGAAGAGGGAGUUUGCCAACUUUACGUUCCCCAAGUUGCCUGGGAAAUGGCCCUUUUCCCUGUCGGAGCAGCAGCUGGACGCACGACGCAGAGGCCUGGAAGAAUACCUGGAGAAAGUGUGCUCUGUACGGGUAAUUGGAGAAAGUGACAUCAUGCAGGAGUUCCUGUCUGAAUCAGAUGAGAACUAUAACGGCGUGUCGGAUGUGGAGUUGAGAAUAGCCAUGCCUGAUAAAACCACGCUCACUGUCAGAGUUCGCAAAAACUCAACUACAGACCAGGUCUACCAGGCUGUGGUUAUGAAACUCGGGAUGGACAGCGUAACAGCCAGCUACUUUGCUCUGUUUGAGGUCAUCAACCACACCUUCGUGCGUAAGCUUGCCCCCAACGAAUUCCCCCACAAACUGUAUGUACAGAACUAUACCUCAGCCAUCCCAGGAACCUGCCUCACCCUGCGCAAGUGGCUCUUCACUACAGAAGAGGAGAUCCUGCUCAAUGACAACCAGCUUGCUGUCAACUACUUCUUUCACCAGGCCGUGGAAGAUGUGAAGAAAGGCUUCGUCAAAGCAGAGCAGAAGUCCUACCAGCUGCAGAAGCUGGCUGAGCAGAAGAAGAUGUCCAUGUAUCUGAGUUUGUUGAGGGGUUGCGAGGGCUACAAUGAGAUUAUAUUCCCCCACUGUUCCUGCGACUCUCGACGCAAAGGCCAUGUCAUAACAGCCAUCAGCAUUCACCACUUCAAGCUGCAUGCCUGCACCGAGGAAGGGACACUCGAGAACCAGGUGAUUGCAUUUGACUGGGGGGAGAUGCAAAGGUGGGACACGGAUGAAGAGGGCAUGGCCUUCUGCUUUGAAUAUGCACGAGGAGAGAAGAAACCACGCUGGGUCAAGAUAUUUACACCCUAUUUUAACUACAUGCAUGAGUGCUUUGAGAGAGUCUUCUGUGAGCUCAAGUGGAGGAAGGAGGUAGAAGAGGAGGCUACAGACAAGGACAAUAAGAACUGCAGUAAAGAUGGUAUGUGUGGCAAGAAUAUUUUCCAGCUGCUGAGGCACAGAAGGGAUGGAGGCACCUAGGAAGGGAGAUCAUUACCUCUUAACUAGACAACGACUCAGUUCAGCCCUCAUCUAGCCCCAGACAUAGCAACACUCGGCUAUUAACUCCAUGGUCAUCUUUACACUUCAUCAGCUACAUCCUGAGAAGCUACCCCCCACCCCGAUGCUUGCAAACCAACAAGCAUCUGCAAAUGAACAAAUCAAAUGAACGGAAGCAUAAAACACUACAGACACAUGAACCAGAACUCUUGAAUCCAGCACAUCAUAAUCAUGCAUUAAACAAAGUCAUGGAUUCAUGCAAGCCUUCUUCUUUCUGGCAGGGACUUGAAGUGGAACAUGACUUGUACAUGAGGAGUUUUUUAAAAGCCUCCUCUGAAGAGGAAACUGAAGUGAAUAUGGAAAUAUUCACGGACUAACAAGGGGAAGUGAAAGCUGUCAGUGCUCGCAAAGGGGAACAUGGAUUACACUGAUCAGCGAUACUGAGGGUUCUGAAUUUAUGGAUCAGAGCGGCAGUGUCUUCUUUGUCUUUUUGGCCAGUUGUUAGCGUGCAACUGUGUUUGUGUAUGUUAACUAUGCGUGCAGGGAGCCCCAAAAGGCAAGAGGCCAACCAGAGUGAGGCCCUCAGGAUGUUAAGUCACACUUUGCAUACAUUUUCAUUUGUUUGCCGCUAAAUUUGCAUUUAUAAAAGAAAACUAUUAACAUUGUAAUGUGGCAAUUUGAGAGAAGGGAGAGAGAAAGCAGACAUUCUGUAGGAUUGUUAGACAUUUUUUUUUCCCUCACAGCUGUGAUGAUUUGACCCAUGAGCAGGAACAUGGUAAACCUAAACUAAUGUUGCACUUUAUCCAACAGUAUUAUCAGACUCCACAUUUGGGAAAUGUGACUUAAGGAGCAGAUAGUGGACGUAAAACUGGAACUAGCCUGUACUUAGUUUACAUUUGUUUUUGACUGACUGACUACAGUAUGAUUAUGUACUGCAUCAUCAAAUGGUAUGUGCAGUGUGCAUUCAACAUGUUUGCAUUUAUAGUAUUAUGUGAACACUCCAUGCAAAUGUUUUGAGGCCAUUGUAGAGCAGCAGCGAUGUGGAGCACUGAUCAGACAAGUGGCAGUGUAGUACAGCAUAUUUAGUGUGCAUUACCCAUACAAGACAGCAGGGGUCCUUCUCUUCCUGUCUUUUCUCUCUUGCAGGCAGUGAUUACUUUGUUUGUGAGAGCUCCUAGGGGCUUUAUAAUAGGCCUGUAAUUCAAGCGGCCUUUCCACUUGCAGCACUAUUUAUCUCUGUGGCUGGUACUUUGCUGUACUGUUGAACCACUUGCGCACUCCAGAAGCGGGAAGAAAAUUUCUUAGCAAAAAGGGCAGCUUGCAUACUUCAUCAACAUGAUAGAUGGGAAGAUAACUGCACAUUCUCUAAAGGCUUUGUGGCAACGGAUCACAUAGCUGCGGUGUAAUGGAAUAAACAGUGUAAUUUAAUGUCCCUCUAAAUGAGCCCAGUUAAUCUUCUCAUUCCUAGAAAAAUAAUGUAAAAACAUAAACUGAUAAAGAAAUAAUUUAAUUACAGCUUAUUACGUCAUUAAAACUUGACACUCUUAAUGCUGACAAUAAAUGUGAAUAAUUGCUCAGUGCAAUAUUGUGAUGUUACUACCCUAUUCGAUCUAAGUGACUUUAUUGCAUUAUCAGCUCAUUUAGAAGGACAUUUUUCUUACAUCAAAAGAUAUUACACGUUGAGUUGCUUCUAUCUUUCACAAGAUGAGUCUGCCUGUUAGUGCUGGGUGAUUAUGGUUGGUGGUAAUAUUUUGGUAUUUCAAAAUCAAUGUACUGUAUCUUAUAAUAUGGCUAAUUUAUGCAAAAUCACAUGUAAGAUAAUCAAACGGAUGCUCAAAGCAAAGACGCUGGGGCCAUGUGAUCACGAUAUGAUCCCAGUGAGUACACCAUUCAGAUUCAAUUAUCGCCCAGCUGCAACUCUCCAUAUCUAGUAUUUUUGUUAUCAACAAGCAAGUAACGACUCCUAGAUUGACAUCAAUGGCUCUUACUAGGAGUGCUUGUUAUAAUGAUGGUGCUGUUCACAAAAGCCAUUUUGGGUGAUUAACGAGCUUCAAUAAGGCUUGGUGGGUGUGUAAAGGAGGUUUAAUUGAAUGUCUCAAGCCUUGAAUUGAGAGACUGAAUGUGCAAUCCUAAAGGCUGAACACAUUUCCCAAGAUUCUGUUUGCUGGACCGUGUCAGACGCGGUCGAUUGUCUCCACCCCACCCCCUCUCUUUCUCUCUCUCUCAUCCUGACUAAAGUUAGAUGUCAUGAAAAUUAUUUAUUUCCGUAAGAUACAAUGUUAAAUUCAGCGUCUGUGAUGUUAAGUUAAGCCACACUAAGAAGAGGAUGGAGAUUGACAACCUGCAGAUUCUUUGACAUGUUGAAAUGUAAGAUUUAAAGACCCAGUGUUUGGUUACGUCGCUUACUGUAAUAAAUUGUAACAUAUUCUUUUAAAUAAACUGAUUUAUUGAUGUAA